CGAGAAAGGAUCGAUGCGAAAUCUCACCCAAUUUUAUUUUAAAUCUGACAGUUUUGCGCAUAUGUUCGUCUUAUUUCUCUAACAUUUGUUAAAAAAAAACACACUUCAAAGACGAGCAACAUAAUGUGUCAUGUGUUUGAAAAGGUUUCAGAGUGCCCACUUUUGGACCUUUCACUUCAUGAUAUUAUAACACUGACAGUAUCGUUUCAAAAAGGUUUUAGAUAUUUGAAUUGUUGGUUACUUGGACCUAUAGAGUCAAAGAGAGAUUCCAGACUUAAUGACUUUGCGACUUCAGUGAGGCGGGGCCGGGACAGUGAAGCGCCACUCCCCUGGUCGGGCCUUGGUGACAAUCUUUACUAGCAAUCUCACAGUUUCAAUCGGGACAUGGUAAAUCUGGGUCGGACUGUACUUCGUUAAUAACUAACAGAUAACAGCAAAUACACUUGCGGACGUUCCAACGAGCUGAAGUUCAGUGAUUGUCGCGGACGGGCCGGACAGGAGGGGCACACUGCGGUUAAUAUGAAGCAGUGAUCGGCUGUAGAAGAAUCUAUGGAGGCGGUGAGAAGUUGCCUGCUGAUAGCAGUGCUUUUGGUGGGAGCCGCGAGCGAUCCGGCCACGGAAGAUCUCCCAGUAUGCCUCGGCACAGACAUGAAGUUGGCGCUGCUGUCAAGUCCUGAAAACCAGUAUGAGAUGCUGCGGCUGAUGUACACCGGGAGCCAGGUCGUGCAUGGCAAUCUGGAGAUCACGCACCUGCAGGGGGCGCUGGACCUCAGCUUCCUUCAGGGCAUCGUAGAGGUACAGGGCUACGUCCUGAUCGCCAACGUCUCGGUGCCCUUGGUGCCCCUGGACAGCCUCCGCAUCAUCCGUGGCAGCCAGCUCUACAACUCGAGCUACGCUCUGGCCGUGAAGGAUAAUGGUGGACUGAGCGAGCUGCGCUUACGAAGCCUGACAGAAAUCCUCCUGGGGGGGGUCUACAUUUACGACAACCCCCGGCUCUGCUUCCCAGACGCAAGAAAGAUCCUGUGGAAUGAUACUCUGGAUGAACAGAACACAUACAAGAACCUAGUGGAGGUGCAGAAGCGUCCAGCCCUUUGUCGGAGCUGCCAUCCGGCUUGUAAGAACCAGGCCUGCUGGGGAUCGACGGCCCAGGAUUGUCAGAGCCUGACCCACAUCCAGUGUGCUUCCGGGUGCCUCCGCUGUAAGGGUCCAAAGUCCAAUGACUGCUGUCAUAAGCAGUGUGCCGUCGGCUGCAUCGGGCCCAAGGACACCGACUGCCUGGCAUGCCGUCACUUCAAUGACAGUGGAACGUGUAGAGAAAACUGCCCACCCCCCAUCAUCUAUGACCCAAUAACCUAUCAGUCCAAACCCAACAAGAACAGGAAGUACAGCCUGGGCGCCACAUGUGUCAGAGAGUGUCCUGAUAACUACCUAGCCAUGCCGAUGGCCUGCACCAAGGUGUGUCCCAAAGCCAACCAGGAGGUCGUCGUCACAUUCCCUAAUGGCACAGAGAUCCAGAAGUGUGAGACAUGCGACGGAGACUGUCCCAAAGUCUGUUAUGGUCUAGGCAUGGGAGACCUCCAAGGUGUGCAUGCCGUGACCUCCUCCAACAUCGCCCUUUUCUCUGGCUGCAAGAAGAUCUUUGGCAGCCUGGCCUUCCUCCCUGAGACCUUUAAUGGAGACCCGAGAACCAACACCUCGGCCCUGGAGCCGGCGCAGCUCGACGUGUUCAAGAGCCUGCAAGAGAUCACAGGCUACCUGUAUAUUGAGGCUUGGCCGGAAAACUCGACCGACCUGAGUGUGUUUCAGAACCUGACGGUGAUCAGAGGAAGGAUGCUGUACAGGGGCGUGCUGUCGCUGGGUGUGCAGAACCUGCAGGUGGAGUCUCUAGGCCUUCGCUCCCUGCGUCGCAUUACCGGCGGCCUGGUCCUGUUGAAUGGCAACCGCCGCCUCUGUCACGCCAGCUCCAUUCGGUGGGAAAGGAUAAUGCACCCCCCCAAGAGGUCAGGUCUGCAGCAGGUCAUCCUCACAGAGAACCGGAGCCCUGAGGAGUGUGCGGCAGAUGGGCAACUGUGUCACCCCUUGUGUGCUAACGAGAGCUGCUGGGGGCCAGGACCAGGCCAAUGCGUGUCCUGCCUCAUGUUCCAGCGUGGGACGGAGUGUGUGGAAGAGUGCAACAUCCUGCAAGGGUCUCAGCGGGAGUACAGUGACAGCAGCGUGUGUCUCCUGUGUCACCCGGAGUGUCGCCCCAUGAACGGCUCAACCUCCUGCCAUGGGCAGGGGGCACACCAGUGCCGGGAGUGCCUGCACUUCCAGGACGGCGACACCUGUGUGUCACAUUGUCCCAGCGGGGAGAAAGUGGAGCAGCAGACCGUGUGGAAAUACGCCAACGAGACCAGGCACUGCCUGCCCUGCAGCACCAACUGCACUCUGCAGUGCACCGUGAUGGAUGAGCGGGGAUGCCCCGUGCCCCCUGGCACAGGGCCGGGCACUUUCAUCGCCCCCGUGAUAGGUGGAGUCCUCCUCCUCAUCAUUCUAGUGAUGCUCAUGGUCUUCUACCUACGCCGCCAGAGGCACCUGAAGAGGAAGGAGACAAUGAGGAGGAUCUUGCAGGAGAAUGAGCUGGUCGAGCCCCUUACCCCCAGUGGCGCCGUGCCUAACCAAGCCCAGAUGCGCAUCCUGAAGGAGACAGAACUGAAGAAGCUGAGAGUGCUGGGCUCUGGGGCCUUUGGCACUGUCUACAGGGGAGUCUGGGCACCUGAUGGAGAAAAUGUGAAGAUCCCAGUGGCCAUCAAGGUGUUGAGGGAGAACACCUCUCCCAAAGCCAACAAGGAGAUCCUAGAUGAGGCAUACGUUAUGGCCGGGGUGGCCAGCCCAUAUGUCUGCCGCCUGCUGGGAAUCUGCCUGACCUCCACAGUACAGCUGGUCACCCAGCUCAUGCCCUACGGCUGUUUGCUGGAGUAUGUGCGCGAAAACAAAGACCGUGUCGGCUCCCAGUACCUGCUCAACUGGUGCGUGCAGAUCGCCAAGGGGAUGAGCUACCUGGAGGAUGUGCGGCUGGUCCACCGGGACCUUGCGGCUCGCAAUGUCCUGGUGAAGAACCCCAACCAUGUCAAGAUCACUGACUUUGGUCUGGCACGCUUACUGGACAUAGAUGAGACGGAGUAUCAUGCUGAUGGGGGCAAGGUGCCCAUCAAGUGGAUGGCUCUGGAGUCCAUCCUGCACAGGAAGUUCACACAUCAGAGUGACGUCUGGAGCUACGGUGUCACGGUGUGGGAACUGAUGACGUUUGGGGCCAAACCCUAUGACAUGAUCCCUGCCAGGGAAAUCCCAGAGCUGUUGGAGGGGGGAGAUAGGUUGCCUCAGCCCCUCAUCUGUACCAUUGACGUCUACAUGAUUAUGGUGAAAUGCUGGAUGAUUGACCCAGAGAGCCGGCCUAGGUUCCGGGAACUGGUGACAGAGUUCAGCAGCAUGGCCCGGGACCCUUCCCGAUACGUGGUCAUCCAGAACGACGAUCAGAUCAGCCCAGUGGACAGCCAUUUCUAUCGCACGCUCCUGGAGGAGGAAGGACCUGGCGUGAGCGAGCUGCUGGAUGCGGAGGAGUACCUCGUGCCUCACAUGGACCUCUUCAGGACCCAGGGAGAGCUGGCCAGCAAUGGGCCCUCGAGGCAUCACUCCCAUAGGAGCACCGAGAACAGCCUGGAUUGGGAUGGUCCAGUGGGAGCGAGGAGCAUGAAUCCAUCAGUCAGCACGCUGGGGAGGAGUCAGUACCCCACCCUGACCAUGGGGGCCAGCAUGAAAGGGCUGUGGGGCUCCCAUUACCCCCUGGCCCGUAGUGUAUCUCACCGCUCUGCGGGGGGACAGUCGGAUUCUGUUUUCCUGGAUGUGGGGACAGAGGCUAGCGCCCCCAUCAAUGGCCUGCGGUACUGUGAUGACCCCACGUUUGCGGCUAUGAGGGACAGUGACAUGGAGAUAGAUGGGCCGGCUCUGUUUCUUUCACAGACGAUCUCCCUGGGAGGUCAGGGACAGCCCGAAUACGUAAAUCAGGUGGUGCAGAACGGUGGAGUGAGCUACACAGAGCGCCCCAGCACGUUGCCACGGCGAGCAUCUGGGUCAACACGCCGCUUCCGCAGUGGCCUGAUGCCUGGCAACAGCGUAGAGAAUCCUGAGUACCUGGUGCCGACUGGAGGUCCGUCACCUGCUUUUGACAACCCCUUCUACCUGGACCUGGCCAAGGCACGUGCCGGGGGCCCCAGCCCGUCGGCUCCGCCCCUCCCACGACUGACCAAUGGCUUCGCCACGCCCACAGCAGAGAACCCCGAGUAUCUGGGACUGGCAGACAGCUGGAGUAGGCAGCAGGGUCACACUUGAGCUGGACAGUCCCCGCUGUGCCACCUCUAAGCUAUGACCUUUCUACCCGUCCUACCUGGCCAUCCUCGUCCCUCUCUGGGCCAGCCUACCAUGUCUCUCCAGCUCUUUGACCUGUGCUCUAAUGGCUGGAUGUCUAGGUUGAUCUCCCUUCAGCAUCCCAUCUCAAAGCCUUUUCUAGACAACCUUGAUCCCAUUUCUCACACAUUAACCCAAAGCCAGAGAGGACAGGGUGUUGUGGUUCCUGGUCCAGGUGGAUGGGGGCGGGGGGGGGGGGGGUGAAACUCCUCCUCUCCAGCAGGGUCUCUGUUCCCAAAAUGGAAUGGAGGAACAUGUGAGAGAUUUGUAGGCCCAGUGGACUGGAAGGUGACUUUUGGAGUAAAUGUAUCCCCUAUGUCCGACGGGCAGCACAAUGUAGCGUCUGGUCUAUAACAAUAGAAAAAAAAAAACAAGUCAAUGGUUUACUGAGAAGAGAGAAAUCUCCUGGCCAUUAUAAGCUCUUUGGAAGGACAUAGAUCCUGAUGUCUCAAUCAGUAGUGCAGUAUGCAGUAUUUGAACAAAGGAAAGUUGUGUGUAUUGUUUGGAGGUACACACAGAUGCACUUGUCUAUAUUCUUAAUCACAUCAGAAGUUAUCACAGAACUGCUUUUGGUAUUUACCCCAGACCAAAUUUGAGGUCAGAUGGUUUUUUUGGUGGGUAUUUUGUGCUGUGACUCAACAUGGACAUUAAAUUGCUAACAAAAACUAAAAAAUGCUGUAUUUCCAACAAUCACAAAACAUGGUCGGGUGAUUUAACCAUAAUAAUGAAAUCCUUUUGUCAGUCACACUUCAGUGACUUUUUAGGAUUAUCCCAAGUGAAAUACCAAGCUAUUUAGGAACUUUUGAAUGAGGUGCUCACCUGAAUCUCUCCACUAGAAUGUGCAGGUGUUUAAGUGAAGAAAUUUGCUUUGCUUAAAAGCCUCAGCUUAACUAAGUGUAAAUGUAACUGUCAUUAGUGGCCAAACUCACUGGAAGAGAAGAAAAUGAAGGAAAUAAUAAAUAUAUGAGAUGUAGAAACAAGUGACACUGUAGAAAUGAAAGGUAUGAUUUUUUAAUUAUGUUUGAAAAGUUCUGUACUUUUUUUUCAAUUGAGAAUACUGAUGUUCUGGUUCAUUAUUAAUGAGAGCUCUAUUCUCAUGUGUGAUGUUUAAUAUGCACGUAAUUCCAACUAGAACAUUCUGCAGAGACCAUCUGGUUUGUAAGGCAUGUGUAAUUAAAGGGCAUUCAGCACUGCAGGACUGGGCCAGGUUAUGUGAGGAAAUGAUUUGCAUGGCAUUUGUAUUUCUGUGCACGGGGCCGCGCUCUUAGUGGUGCAGCCAGAACAGAAACUGGCCACGUUGUGGUUCAGAAAAGCCAAAUUCCCACAGCUACCAAGAAUGUAUCUACACUUCCAUCUGAGGCUCAUCCUGCAGCUACUGAAGAGUCAUCUUCAGAUUGCAGAGCUUCCCAGAGUCUCUCUGGGUGAAUGUGCUUGCAGUGAUAGAGGAUGGAUGCUUGUAAGAUGCAAAUCAGCUGCAUUGGAGGAAGAGGGUGAGGGUCUUAUUAGGGGCUCCGGUUGGCUGAGGAAGGCCCCCGCAUGCCAUGGCGAGCCCUCAGACAGAAGCAUACUUGCUUGUUGUGUCCUGUGAGCCUGGGGGGGGCUCAUUGUCAUUCAGGGGGCAAGGCCUGCGUGAAAGGAGCUGUUUGUUAUUGCCGGAAGCGGGGCCAUACCCCGACCCGGGCUCCGCCACAAUGCGGGCUGAUGUACGGCUGACUGGUGGGCCCCUGAACAAUGCACAGAGGGCUGAGGGAGGGGUGUGUAGAGGCCCUCCGCCACCCCCAGCUAUCAUUGACGCUGUCCCAGUUUAUGCGGGAUUAAGAUGCCAGCUGGCUGGACGCAGGCUCUCGGAAUAUGGGAGUGCGUAUAGCAACCUGUGCUGUGGACAGUAAACGGGUCCUGUCGGCAUCUCCUCUCUCUCCUAGAGCUGCAGUUAGAUGGAAACAGUCCUUUAGGAGCACAGAGCAAGCUGAUAACAAUGCGAGAUAUGCACCGGGAGGGAGGGGGAGAUUCCGGGCUGGUCUCUGUGCCGGAAUGAGCGGCAUGACUGUAGUCUGUAGUGCUGAGCUCUGUUCAGGUCUGUCACUGAAACGGCACUGCCCUCAUUCAGGUUCCAGGGCCCCAUUCUUACCGCUAUCAAACUGAAAUCCAAAGCUGUGAUGCGCAUCUGGUGAUACCGGUACACUUGUUUUCUUUGAAACACAGGUUAAGAAUCUCGCCCUGUGAAGCUGAGGGCCAUGUGGAGGAGCGCCCCCCUGAGGGAAAUCUCCCAGCCAGAGUCCAAAAAUAAAAGGUGCGGCUAUGUGAACCACGCCACAUGUGGUAACUCGAGCCGAGCCGCUAGUACGUAGAGUCAGCCGGCCCCCGCCGCCGUCUGCAUAUAGAACGUGCCGGGCAGUCUGGAAACUGUGGGGGUAGGGGUGGCAGGGGGACUUGUGAAUGUUGUACAAUACACUUUAUAGAAAAUCUCUCCUAUUUUUUCAAGUGAUAUACCAUUUUUUUUGUACAUUUGUAUUGCGUGUAAAUCUGGCCGAUUUAUUUUCUGGAACCUGUAUCAAUGAGCCAGUAAAUGGUUUGCAUUAAAGUACUAAAAUAAUAUAA